AUGUCCACUGCCAGUAUUGUUGGCAAUCGCCUUUACGACUCCCCAUCUUUUCUAAAAGUCGCGCCAGAGCAUUCCGAUCCAGCCAUCUGGAAUGAAAAAUCUAGCCACUUUGUUACAAAAGGAGCUGGAAGUCCAGAGGUGAGAAUAGUGCUGUGCCGGGCGUCGCUCUCCAGCAUCAUCCAAGAAAACUUAAAUAUACAACCAGAUCCAACUUCGGAUGAUCAAAUACAAGGUUCUAGGUUGGCCAAAACCAGCAGCUCAUCUACGAGCAACAAGUACCGGCAAGGUCCGGAAAGAACCUCUAAAGCUUUAAAGUUUCCUCUAGCUCUCGAUAUUGGUGUUGAAUCAGCGGAGUAUCACCGGCCUCUCACUGAUUUGAAAAUUUCAACGAAGAAGGUUGAGACGCUUUCAAAAGUGAGGGGCUCUGAACGCCACACAAUAUCACGCUGGGCCCCCUCUCGCUAUCCUCUCCAAGCGGCGAAACAAGCGGAAAAGGUAUAUCACCCAGAGAUGUUUGAGCCUGUGGCAAAAGAGUCGAUGAGGUUUGAGAUUGAAGAGGAAAAAAUUGCGAGGAUUCUGUGCAAGGGUUUGAAUGAACUUCAGGAGAUUUUACUCCAGAAGUUACCUUGGAAAGCAGAUACUACGAUAAACCAACUGAAAGAGAGGUUCGUCCGAAUCGAAUACCUUCUCACCGCUAUGGUGGAGGGAACGCUCUUCGAUCCAAAAUCGAUCAAACUUAGAAAAAUCAGAACAAAAGCAUUUGCACAUUACGAGAGCCAGAUCAAGGUUCUAGGCAUGCUGAAACAAAUAUUAGGGCUGUUAAUUGGAAUCCAAGAUAGCUUCACUCAGCUCAAAGGGUCCGCUGCCUUGUCUGAACUUAACACCUUUGAAGUAUUAGAGAUCAUCAGGAACGGAGCUAUCAUACCAGUCUCUAAAAGGAUAGAAAGUGAACUGAAAGAUACAAUAAGGAAUGCUGUGGAUUUUCUUGACCUUGAAUCCAACACCUCGAAUAAGAGACCUCCCUCGCAUUCUCAUGUCGACUUCGAGGAACCAGAACCCAUGUUGCAAGCGGAGGUGCUAUUGAAUUCAAUCAAUGAGGCUCUCCGAUUGGAUCAAAGACCUGAAAUGGAACGUUCAGUUUCACAGGUGCCUGAUGACACAGAUGAAUUGUUGGAUACCCUACGAAAUUUGCAAAAAUACCGAGUCAAGCUGCAGCAGUCACCCUCGACGAAAUCUGCUGCGGUCUACGAUUGCUCGGAGCAAGACAUGAAACGAUUAAGGUUGCAUCUUGAUGAGAACAGCUUAACCUCCAGUUGGGCUGUGGAGCUAGUCAAGCAGGGAAUGCCAGAUAAAAUAGUGAGUCUGAUUCACAAGAUCCACUUGAGGCUUAGUUGA